CACAGGACAAAGAGUUUCCGUGGUGGGGUAAUUGUUCACUUGUCUCUACAAUUCUGAAGCUCAACACUUGCUGUACUGAACUAAUAUCGAUGGGACAGAUGUUGUUCUUUCUGCUGGAGUUUAUCUUGCUGAAUACACUCCUCUACAGUGGACAGACUCAAGAUGCUGUGCUGAGGCUUGAGCCCAACUGGUCCACUUUUUUUCCUGGAGAAUCUGUUACCUUCAUAUGUGACAUGAAGGAAGGAAAAGACACUGACUGGGAAUACACAAUCAACAAGGAUGAUCAAGAAUUUGUUCACUACAAUACACAUAAAGACUACACAUUAACUCUGUCUACAGGCUACAGUGGUAAAUACCAGUGCACUGGUCGCCACAAGAGCUCAGGUUUCAUAAAAAACAGUAACAUCGUCUCUUUAACCAUAUCAGAGAAACCCAAGGCCACACUGACACCAGGCCCAACAACCAUACCAGUAGGAGGCAAUGUGACACUGACCUGCUCUGUGAAGGGCUCUGCUGGAUGGAAAUAUGAGUGGUUCAGACGUUCAAGUCCUUCUGUCAUUUCACCCAGAGAUGGUGGAAACCCAAACAAAGUCAGUGUCUCACAAGGAGGCACCUACUGGUGCCGAGGAGGCAGAGGAAAACCAGUCUUCUACUCUUAUCCAAGUCAUGAUGUCUCCAUUGAGAUAACUUUUUCCAAUGUGAGAGUCAGUGUGACUCUGCAGCACAGCUGGCCUCAGAUAUUCACUGGAGAGAGGAUCACUGUCAGAUGUGAGAUCCAGGGAGGUGGAGACACUGAGUGGGAGUAUGAAUGGAGAACUACCAGCUCAGUCAAACCUCCAAAUCAACAUGAAUUCAGGAUUUAUUAUGCUUCAUCAUCUCACAGUGGAAACUAUGAGUGUAGAGGCAGAAAGAAAAGUUCACAACAGUCUUCAACAAAGUGGAGCGAUUCCUUCAAUUUGACAGUAUAUGACAAUAAACCUCGGCCUGUCCUCACUGUGUCUCCAUCAUGGCUGAGUCCUGGAGCCUCAGUAACUCUGAACUGUGAGGUUGAACAUCCAUCUGCAGGAUGGAGGUUCUACUGGUAUAAGACUGUUCCUGAUCUGUCACACAACUACUACAGCUAUGAGCUGUUACCUGGUAACAGCAGAGGGACUGAACAGGAUUCCUACAUCAUUCAUGGUCAGACACACACAGCAGGAUAUGUGUGUAGAGCUGGAAGAGGAGAUCCAGUGUUUUACACACGUUACAGCCAUUCUAAGUUUGUUUGGUCUGGAGAUCUUCAUCCAGCAGCGUCUCUCACGGUGAAUCCUGACAGAGUGCAGCACUUCACCUCUGACUCUGUCUCACUGAGCUGUGAGGGAAACUCUGCUGAGUGGAGAGUGAAGAGGUUUAAUGAACAUGGCUACCAGUCACACUGCUCUGACUGGGGGAGAAUGACUGGAUCAAUAUGCAGUAUUAGUAGUUUACAGUACACUGAUUCACUGGCGUACUGGUGUGAGUCUGGAUCAGGAGAAUUCAGUAAUGCAGUCAACAUCACUGUACGACGUGAUGGUAUUAUCCUGGUGAGCCCUGCCAAUCCUGUGGCUGAGGGACAGUCUGUUACUCUUGGCUGCAAGUUGAGAACAGAAAAUGUUGUUUCUAAUGUGUUUUUCUAUAAAAAUGACAAACUCAUCCAAAAUGAUACAAGAGGGGAGCUGAAUAUCUCUGCAGUGUCAAAGUCAGAUGAAGGUUUCUACAAGUGUCAGUGGUCAGGACAAGAGUCACCACAGAGCUGGAUGUCAGUUAAAGCUGUGUCCAGGUCUGAAAGUUCUUCGUUUCCUGUGCUGCUGAUUGUUGGGUUGGUUUGUGGAAUUUCACUGAUUAUUCUCCUGCUGCUGUUGUUUUGCUGCAGAAAGUCUAAAGAUCCAUGCUGUAACAGCCUCCUCCAGUCUCAGAGAAACAAUCAGAGCUCUGCUACAGACCAAGAUGAAAAUCAACAGCCAGUAUACUCGUCUCUUCUCCACGGUGACAUUUGUGUCUAUGAAUCAAUCAGAGGCUCUGGGAAUGGUGGGAAUGGUGGACAGGCAGAUACCACUAGAAAUGUUAUAUCUCAGAUUGAGCUGAAAGGUGUUGGAAAGAGAAGAAACAGAGAUGAUCCAGGGGAGAGGUCUGACUACUGUAAUGUGAAUCCAGAUUCUGCUACAGCGAAGUCACUUCCUGUGGGCAAAAUUUUCAGAUGCAAUUUUUACUGCUGGGUGCCAUGGAUUACCAUCAAUUACUGCACUGAAUUGAUGUCACAGAGUGACAGAGUGUCAGCGCUGGAUGUGAGGAUGGGACAGAUGUUGUUCUUUCUGCUGGAGUUUAUCUUGCUGAAUACACUCUCCUACUGUGGACAUGCCCAAGAUGCUGUGCUGAGGCUUGAGCCCAACUGGUCCACUUUUUUUCCUGGAGAAUCUGUUACCUUCAUAUGUGACAUGAAGGAAGGAAAAGACACUGACUGGUACUACAGAAUCAGCAGGGAUGAUCAAGAACUUCUUUCCUGGCGUAUAAAUAAAGACAACACAUUGUAUCUUCAGUCGUCAGCCUACAGUGGUAAAUGCCAGUGCUUUGGUGAACACAAGAGCACACAUGUCAGUAAAAACAGUAACAUCGUCUCUUUGACCGUAUCAGAUGAUAAACCCAGAGCCACACUGACACCAGGCCCAACAACCAUACCAGUAGGAGGCAGUGUGACACUGACCUGCUCUGUGGAGGGCUCUGCUGGAUGGAAAUAUGAGUGGUUCAGAAGUUCAGGCUCCUCUCAUACUCUGCUUGUGAGUGACGGUGCAAUAAACAAAGUGAUCAGUGUCUCACAAGGAGGCACCUACUGGUGCCGAGGAGGCAGAGGAAAACCAGUCUUCUACUCUUAUCCAAGUCAUGAUGUCUCCAUUGAGAUAACUUUUUCCAAUGUGAGAGUCAGUGUGACUCUGCAGCACAGCUGGCCUCAGAUAUUCACUGGAGAGACGAUCACUGUCAGAUGUGAGAUCCAGGGAGGUGGAGACACUGAGUGGGAGUAUGAAUGGAGAACUACCAGCUCAGUCAAACCUCCAAAUCAACAUGAAUACAGGAUUUAUUAUGCUUCAUCAUCUCACAGUGGAAACUAUGAGUGUAGAGGCAGAAAGAAAAGUUCACAACAGUCUUCAACAAAGUGGAGCGAUUCCUUCAAUUUGACAGUAUAUGACACUCCCCAGCCUGUCCUCACUGUGUCUCCAUCAUGGCUGAGUCCUGGAGCCUCAGUAACUCUGAACUGUGAGGUCAAACAUCCAUCUGCAGGAUGGAGGUUCUACUGGUAUAAGACUGUUCCUGAUCUGUCACACAACUCCUACAGCUAUGAACUGUUACCUGGUAACAGCAGUGGGACUGAACAGGAUUCCUACAUCGUUCAUGGUCAGACACACACAGCACGAUAUGUGUGUGGUGUUGGAAGAGGAGAUUCAGUGUAUUACAGUUAUCCUAAGUUUGUUUGGUCUGGAGAUCUUCAUCCAGCAGCGUCUCUCACGGUGAAUCCUGACAGAGUGCAGCACUUCACCUCUGACUCUGUCUCACUGAGCUGUGAGGGAAACUCUACUGAGUGGAGAGUGAAGAGGUUUAAUGAACAUGGCUACCAGUCAGACUGCUCUUACUGGGGGAGAAUGACUGGAUCAAUAUGCAACAUUAGUAGUUUAUGGUACACUGAUACACUGGUAUACUGGUGUGAGUCUGGAUCAGGAGAAUUCAGUAAUGCAGUCAACAUCACUGUACAGGGUGAUGGUAUUAUCCUGGUGAGCCCUGCCAAUCCUGUGGCUGAGGGACAGUCUGUUACUCUUGGCUGCAAGUUGAGAACAGAAAAUGUUGUUUCUAAUGUGUGUUUCUAUCACAAUGACAAACUCAUCCAAAAUGAUACAACAGGGGAGCUGACUAUCUCUGCAGUGUCAAAGUCAGAUGAAGGUUUCUACAAGUGUCAGUGGUCAGGAAAAGAGUCACCACAGAGCUGGAUGUCAGUUAAAGCUGUGUCCAGGCCUGAAUCCUCUCAGUUUCCUGUGCUGCUGAUUGUUGGGUUGGUUUGUGGAAUUUUACUGAUUAUUCUCCUGCUGCUGUUGGUUUGCUACCGAAAGUCAAAAGAUUCAUCCUUUAACAGGGAGCCCGACAGGCCUCAGAGCACCAAUCAGAGGUUUGCUGCUGACCACAUAAUCAGCCAAGAUGAAAGUCAAUACACUUCUCUCAAUGGUGAUGCUUGUCUCUAUGAAUCAAUCAAAGGCCCUGAGGACACAGAAAAUGAUGAAUCCAGGGAUCUGACAUAUUCCACAGUUGAGCUCAAAGAAAUUGCCAGAAACGGGAAGAAAAAUGACCCGGGGGAGAGCUGUGUUUACUCUGGUGUGAGGAUAGGAUCAGCUGCAGAUGACAGUCUCAUGUAUGCUGAGGUACACUCCCACAAGAAAGGUAAAGCCAAGAAAAACAAAGGAAAAUCAGCUCCUGAGGUGGCUGAUGAAACUGUAUACUCUGCAGUCAAACCUGGAACAGCUAAUGAUUAAUAAAAGACUGAUAAAACCAGUGGAAUGGACAACAACACGAAAUCUUUAUCCUUAUUUAGGCAAUAUUUGCAGCUUUAUUAUUCUGUAACCAUUUUCGUACAACCCUACUGUCCAGUUAAUUUUAUAGCUAAUCAUUUUAAAGAAACUUCUGUUUUACUUGGUGAAAAAACAACAGAUUACAUAUAAUAUAAUAUAAUAUAAUAUAAUAUUAAAAUAUUCCCAUUGAGUGUUAAAGGGGAUAUAUUUUGUCUCUUCAGGGUUUAAAGCAGCUAAAGUAAAAGUUUCUUCAGUUCUCAGGAUGCCUUCAAAAUCAGCAUAUUUUCAGGGUUAGAUGAAAAAUCUUUGUAAAGAUAUGCUGUGUCUUAAAAUGAAUUAUUAUCUGCACAAGUUACUGUGUGUAUUUUAUUUUCAUCUGGAUGGAUUUAGCUUUUUUGUGUUUUUUUUAUGCUUGGUUGACCAUCAAUAAACGUUUGUUCCAGCA